GGCCUCAACGACGCAUCCGGGCUGAACGAAAUCAGCGCGUGUCCCGGGUCUGAGACGCUCCCGAAGAGAUCUUCUGCGUCCUCGAAUCGCCCGAAGAAGCCUGGUCGGCGACGUGAAGAGAGGUCUAGCGCUCGCCGUCGUCCCUCUCCUCGGCACCCACAGCCGUGUAUUCAGCCCGAGAGUGCACCAUGGACGCCUGGGAGUUUUACAAAGGGAAGAACAUCCUGGCCCCGAUGGUUCGGGUCAACACGAUGCCCACUAGGCUGCUCGCUGCUGAGUACGGGGCUGACAUCGUGUACUCAGAGGAGCUCAUCGAUCGCAAGAUGAUGAAGGUCAAACGAGUGGAGAACACGGCGUGGGGUACUGUGGACUUUAUCGAUCCGGAUGCCACCAACGAUGACACGGCAGUGGUGUUCCAAACUACUCCUGAGGAAAAAAAUCGACUGGUUAUGCAGUUGGGAACUGGAGAUGCUACGCGAGCACUGCAAAGUGCAAUGGUCGCAGUCAACGAUGUGGCUGCUAUUGAUAUAAACAUGGGAUGCCCGCUGAAAUUUUCGACGGCGAGCGGGGCAGGUUCAGCACUGCUAAAAAAGCCGGAAACGGUGCACGACAUUCUGACCACUUUGAGGAGAAAUCUACCAGCCGAGACGCACGUGACCUGCAAAAUCAGGCUUUUGGAAACGAUAGAACAAACCGUCGAGUUAGCCCGCGUCAUUGAGAAAUGCGGAGUUUCCGCGUUUGGAGUGCACGGCCGUUAUGUUGGACAGCGGCCGAGAGAUGCAGCGCAUUGGGAUAAGAUAAAACAAGUCGUCGAGUCCGUGUCUUGUCCUGUUAUUGCAAAUGGUGAUGUUUUCGAGUAUUCAGAUUUUGAAAAAAUAAGAGCUGAAACGGGAGCCGCAGCUGCAAUGUGUGGGCGCGGGGCGAUGUGGAACCAGUCGAUAUUUCGCAAAGAGGGCGUGAUACCUCCACGCGAUAAUCUAAACUCCCUUCUCACCAAGUGUUUCGAGUGGAACCAUUCGUUGAAAAACACGAAGUACCUCACGAGGGAGAUCCUCAUCAAGUCAACUGGUUUGGAAAACGAGGAAGGCUGGGCGCUGAACAAGUCAAAAAGCCUCGCUGACGUCGCUGGUGUUUUCAAUAUUCCUGAGAACGUUAUCGGGCGUAAACGAGUAUCGAAUCUCAAGCGUCCGUGUGAAGACUUGGUCGAAAAUGACGAAAAUGUCAGAGUGAAGUCUUCUUCAGAGCAAUAGGUUUUCAUAGCUUCAUGCGUAGGGCUUCGAUAUAGUAGAUAAGCUCAUUAAC